GUGACAGCUGCUCUUGUAUUUAAUGGGGGGUCUCUCUGGCCAGGAGGACUCAGAGAACUCUCCAGGACCGGCAGGAGCAUGGCAGAGCAUCUGGGGCUGGGCUUCGGGGAAACAGCCAGCGUGGAAAUGCUGCCAGAGGAUGGCAGCUGCAGGCCCCACGCCAGAGCCAGGCUUGCAGCCAGGAGGAGCAGCAGCAGUGCGUGCUGGGCCCUCACCUGCUGCCUGGUGGCGCUCCCCAUCCUGGCGGGACUCACCACCUAUCUGCUUGUUGGCCAGCUCCGGGCCCAAGGAGAAGCGUGUGCGUUCCAGACUCCAAGAGAACAAGAGUUUGGAUCUUCACAUCAGCGAGCUUACCUUCCUCCCGAAGCCAGUGGAGGUGGAGAUAAGCCGAGGGCACAUCUGACAGUUGUGAGACAAACCCCCACACAGCCCGUGAAAAAUCAGUUCCCGGCCCUGCAUUGGGAGCAUGAACUUGGCUUGGCCUUCACCAAGAACCGGAUGAACUACACCAACAAAUUCCUGGUGAUCCCAGAGCAGGGAGAUUACUUUGUUUACUCCCAGGUCACAUUCCGGGGGACCACAUCCGAGUGUGGCGAAAUCGGCCAAGGGAGCCGACUGAACAAGCCAGACUCCAUCAUCGUGGUCAUCACCAAGGUAACAGAUAGUUACCCAGAGCCGACCCAGCUCCUAAUGGGAACCAAGUCAGUGUGUGAAAUAGGCAGCAACUGGUUCCAACCCAUCUAUCUAGGGGCCAUGUUCUCCUUGCAAGAAGGGGACAAGCUGAUGGUGAACGUCAGUGACAUCUCCUUGGUAGAUUACACAAAAGAAGAUAAAACCUUCUUUGGAGCCUUCUUGCUAUAGAGGCAGGAUGGACGUCAUCCUGUGAAGGUCCUCUGGCUCCUAGCUCCUAAUUUCUUUUCAUAUGUAAUUAUAACCAGAGGUUUUCCUGGAGCGUUCCACAGAGACAGUGGUUUAGCUAUGAAAUUUAGGGCCCAUAAGUUCACACUCUAUUUGCCUUCCUGAUGACAAUACUAAUUGGAAAAAGGCAGAAGAGUGCAGACCUAUAAUUGUGGUUGCUUGGAAGAGUGGUGAGUUUCUAAACGUUAGAACACUGAUCAUCAAAUGAACAGAUGAUCUACUCGGAACAUUUCCACACCUUCUUACUAUGUGUUUGUCACCAGUGGGCCCAAUUAUUGUGCAAUUUGAUUAUGAAGUAUUUGCUUCACUUCAGGAGCCUUGAACAAAAUCCAAAACCCUAGAAAACAGUGUAAACCCUUCAGAGGUGAAAUCCUUAAUCAGUUUCCCCAAGCACAUAGUUUAAUGCCUUGCUUAAAAAAUGAAAAGAGAGCAGGUAUUUCUCAAGAACAUUCUCAAAAGAAAGAAAUUGGUUUUCACGCCAUCUAUGGCAAAUGAGAAAAGUUGCCUUUCCCUUUAUCAUGUACGUGGGCAUCAAAGCAAGCAAGUAUGAGUUCUACAUGCAGAUCAAAAACACAACAAUAGCAUUUAUUCGGCAUGAUUUUCUUGAGCACCUUUCAUGUUCUGGAAACUCUCUUAACCCAGAAGACACUGCGAAGAACAAGAAAGACUCUACUCAAAAUCACUAGAUGGCUCCUGGUCAAACAUCACUCAACAUAUUCCAAGGACAGACUCCAAGUCCUCAAAAAUGUGUCAUCUGACGCUGUUACAUAAGAUUUCUGGAGCUUUCCUCACUGUGAAAGAUAUCCAGCCAAUUAGGUCACUCACGAAACUUGAAGACAGAUUUCUAGCUAACUAGACCAGCUAGACAACAAACUUGCUGGAUGCCAGGAAACAGUGGACUUAUUCCUUGGGGAGAAAAAAAAAAAGUCAUUCACCAAAUCUGGAAAAGUUCUUCCACGUCUGCUCUGAGGUCUGAUUCACGACUUUAUUUGUAGAGUGUUAUAUGGGUAUUUUUCUCCUAAAAUAUUCCAAAGGAUUUAAAUAUAGGAUUAGCUGAUCAGCCGAGCCACACUUUCUUCCCUGGAGGAGAGACUGAACACUGAGCAGGUCCCUCCUAUACUUCCAUGAGUUUACGUUCUCUAAUCUGUGUGAUUUUCCUGCAUGGAUAUGUCAUGGAUGGGAGGGGCAGUUCCGCUGGUUUAGCCUAUGCUGACUUGUCUUAAAGCAGGAAGCCACCAAUUUGUUUCUCAAGAUCCAAUGAGUUCAUGGGGAUGAAGCACGUUAACUCUGAGCAUUCUGUGAAGUCUGAGAGCAUGUCAGGAUGAUGUGGAGAGUGAUCUUCAGCAUCUUGGCCUGUAUUAUAAAUGCUCCCUAUUGUAGGAGACCUCACGGAUGGGUCUAAAGGCAAACUUGGCACCAAAACCAUUCUUAGCCUUGUUGCCAGGAGAAUGUAGAGGCACAGAGGUGCGUGAUGGGGCUCCUGAGCACAAGGAUUGCUUGAUCAGUACUUGAUCAAUAUCUGUUGAGUUAUAAUUAAACAAAAAUUAGUUUCCGGUUCCUCAGUUGGGAGGUUAAGACUCCAAGCCCUUCAGCUUCUCAAAACAGUCAGCACAAGGCUCAGCUGGAGCACAGAGAAGGGUGUGGUCACCUCCACCUGGGUGGGAAGAGUCUUCAUAAAGGAAGUGAAGCCCGGGUGACUCGUGCAAGAAGGUGGGCGGACUGCAGAUGGCCUUGGGGAAAGGGCAUCUCAGACGGAGGAAAUACCCUUUACUUAAGCAGAAAGCAAAGGUUUCUCAGUAACUACAAAACCAACUUGAAAAGAGAAUGCUCCCACAACCGACUCCUAGAACAAUAUUUGUUGGUAGAUCAGGAAUGCUUUCUCAACGACCCUAGUGUGGCUCCAUGAUCCGAACUACCCCUCAGUGAGAAAAUAAAAUGCUCUGUCUGCAUUUGCGUGAGAGAGCCAAGCAACUUGGGGUGCAAGAAAAGAUUUCCCCUGAAGAGGCCAGAGUGACUUGUUCACUUUCUCCUCCAAUAAAAGGAACCCUUCUUCCAAGGCCUUCAAAUCUGCCCGCUGUUCCAUAGGAAAUCUGGUGGAUUUGGAGUUUAUCCAAGAAAUGGGAAUUCCCUACCCUCCUAAAAGACUUGAGACUUCGGAGAAAUCCCUGCCACAUAUUUAUUUUUCUCCUGUCAUAAGCUUUUUAUUGAAGAAUAUAUUGUGCUCAAGUUUUUCACUGCUGAAUGUGUUAAGUUCUCUAUGAUAUAUUACAAUAUAUGUUUUACUGUUCAGAAAAGCCCAGCCAAACAUUCCUAGUAGGCCUCCAGUCAGAAUCUUUAUUUCCUAGACAUUUUUCCAUGGCGAAAAUUAGUGCACUCGUUUGAAAAAUGAAGUAGGAGAAAUGGUUUUUAGGAACAUGUGAUGGUUCCCUAAAAGGAAUCAAUGGGAUGCAUUCGAGGAUUUGAAAGGGAAGAAGCAGCUUAUGUGUUUUAGGAAAUAGUUAAUUUAGGGGGAAAAUGCUUUAGUGGUUCAAUGUCUCUCGAAAGGCUGAAUUCAAAUCAAUUCCACAAACAUUUACUGAGUACCUAUUCGCCCUGGGGACACAAAGAUAAAUUAAUUUAGUCUCAGAUGUGUUUAUUCUAACUGCUCAGCACCUCCACCGUCCACAGAUUCUUUCAUUUAUUUUGGUUGUAUUAGCUAAUUAACUAGCUAACUUUAGGCACAUGGAUAUUUUCUCAUUACGAAAAUGGGUGCCACUUGAUGAAGGAUGAUCAUUAACAAAAUGAUUUGUGCUUAACUCUAAGUGGUUUUUUAAAUAGCUACCCAAGGACAAUUUUUCACAAAUAAAAGGGGGGAAAAUAAAGAGACCAUUUGCUAUGGUGGAAUCCAUUAUUUAAGCCACACAUAGAGAGAGGUUAUUAUCUGCUGGACUCGAGCUUGGCCAUCAACACCCUUGAAAAUGUUAGAACUUUAUGGAUGACCCUAGACGUGCUUGGACAAGCCUGUGUUCCUCAGCAAAUACAGGAACCAUAAUCAAGCAUGGGGUCACUAGCAUGUUGACCCUAGUAUGGUUUAGAUAUAUUUGGCAGAAGACAAUUGCUUAAGCUACUAAAAUUCCUAAAUUUUUUUAACUAAGGUACAGUAGAAUGUGAAAAGGUGCACUUUCACAUCCUGAAAAUGUCUGGUUCGCUUCAAUAACAUGGCACGCCAAAGCCCUUGGCUCCAUUUCAAUCUAAGCUACGUCACCCUGGAGGAAAUUCCACCUCCGUGCUCGUCAGUAACCCUUCUGGAUUAUAAAAUUUCAACUAGCUGUCUGUGCACAAGGCACGUCCGUUGCCAACAUUCUCUUGCAAGGUAUUUUCCCAAGUCCUUUCCCAAUUGUAUUUCCAUGAUUGUGACAUUGGGGAUUAGUUCUUUAGGACAGGGCCAUUUAUAUUCUACACCUUGCAAAACAUAUGCAGAAGUCUCUGGCCUCAAGAUUUCUUACUCUCCUAGGGCUCAGAGUCCUGGAAGUGUUUUGCCAUUUUUAACAGAAUUUUUUUUGAGUGUGCAUCACUGUCUUGGAUAUUAACAGCGAUUGCAUCAUCUCGGGAGCUGAUCCACUUCAGUGGACGGUUAACCCCUGAAUCCUUUAGCUCCAGUAGUGAGAAACUUCUUCCAUGUCUGCCUAGGAGGAUCCUUUCACAGGAUCUGAAAGUACAACUUUUCACAUUCUACUGUAUCUUAGUUAAAAAAUCUAGGAAUUUUAGUAGCUUAGGCAAUUCUGUUCUGCCAAAUAUAUCUAAACCAUGCUAGGGUCAACAUGCCAGAAGAAAGAGAUAUGGCUGACGAGUUCCAGGUAUAGGGUCACCAUUUCUGACUUAAUACUCAAAAGAACUUUCUACCCAAAAAUAGAACGUCCCCAGAUAGUGAUUUCUCAGUCCUUGGGGAUAUUCAAGCAAAGGGCUUAUCUCAUGGGUUUUGGAGAAGCCACGCUUUCAUUAAGGUGGGAGGAGGGACUGAGCUUAAAGAUGUCGAAGGUCUUUUCCGAAUCUCUGAUUCUGUGGCCGUUUUCGACUGAAUUCUGUGAGUUCUAUUUGAUCAUUAAGAACUUGGCAGGCCUUCUCAAGAAUUCAGUGGCUUCCGGCCUAGAAGUGGUCGCCUUUUCCCACUUGUUCAGAGCGUGUCUGACAUAAAAUGAGUCUGAGAUCUUGCCCAAUAGAGGAUAUCGCGGAAUUUUAGAACUGAUGGCAUCUGAGAGCUUAUCUACUCCAAGUUACAUCAUUUUAAGGAUAAAGAAACCCAGACACAGACUGAUGACACAAACAGCCCAAUGCAGACAAUAGGUAGUAACAGUGUUGAAAUCAGAAUUCAUAUCUCCUGACCCCAAGCCCAGCAGUGUUCCCAUUUCAUCCCGGAAUCAGUUAUUUUCUGAGCAUCUGUCACAUGACAGCACUUACUUAGAUGCCGGAGAGCCAAGACGAGAGGGAACACGACAGGCAACUCCCCAUCUCAUGGGGAUAUAUUCAGGAGGAAAGAGACACUCAAUUUCAAGUAAAUAAAGUAGCCGAAUGUAACCAAAUGAUUUUAUUGUUAAAGUCAUUAAAAUAUGUAACCUUCCCCUCUUUUGUUUUGGGGGUGUACAGAUGCAACAUAUCUAGGUGUUUCUGUGGUUUAAGUGAUAAGCCCCAUGUGCUUUCAUUGAUUUUAUGUUUUAUGUUAAAACAUCGCAACCCCAAGGUAAACUGCAUAUUGUAUGUUGUUGGAAUGAACUUAACUGGAUGCCUCCCAUGUCUUCAGGCACUACUGUGUGAAUUCCAAUCUCUGUGAAUGAAACGUUGUAUGUGUUAAUGUAUUUAAUAGAUGUAAUUUAAUAAAUCGGCGUCGAAA